AUGGCUUCGUCAAGCGGCAUUCGACUUUCUCUCGACGCCUACACAGUUGGCUGGGUAUGCGUCAGAGACCCCGAACUCGCCGCCGCUCGAGUGCUUCUCGACGAAAAGCAUGACACCCCCAAUACCACCAACGACGAUUAUAUCUACCUCGUCGGCCGGAUGGGAGAGCACAAUGUCGCCAUCACUCGACCGACCGGUGCCGGAAGGUCUGCAGCCACUGCGGCCGCCACGAACCUCGCUCGCACCUUUCCAAAGAUUCGCUUCGUGCUGAUGGUCGGGGUCGGCGGGGGCGCGACAACCGCUCCCACCCGACCUGGUUCGCUCAAACCAACUGAAGACCUCUUUCUAGGCGAUGUUGUUGUCGGUAUCCCCCAUGGUAAAUAUGGUGAGUGGCUCCAACAGUCCAUGGUCUCGAAACUGAGGCUGCGGGACUUCUAUGAUAUGGGCGUCCAGCACCCAGGAGGAUACCAGAGACGAUCGCAUCUGGACAAGCCCGGAACACUCCUCAUUCAAGCCGCACAAUCGCUGGAAUUGAAACACGGAUUCGCGGAAGGCAACAUGCAUGGCUACAUGCGCCAGGCCAUUAAUGAUCUAGAGCGCAUCGGCAGGACGGAGUUCCAAUGCCCUGGUCCCAAGCAUGAUCUCCUUUUCCAGCCGGAAUACUACCAUCAUGGAACAGAGACGGACGAAUUCUGCCAGGAAUGCGAUAAAGCUCAGCUGGUGAAGCGGACGCGGCCAGAUACCCCCCCUCGUGUUUACCACGGUCUGAUAGGGUCGGCCGACACUGUCAUGCAGGACGGACACCUGCGCGAUAGGAUGCGACAAUCGGACAAGGUGCUAUGCUUUGAAAUGGAGGCGGCGGGCCUAAUGGACUCGUUUCCAUGUCUUGUUAUUCGGGGUAUCUCGGACUACGCGGACACCCAUAAGAACAAAGUGUGGCAGCCGUAUGCUGCUUUGGCUGCGGCCGCGUAUGCAAAGGAUUUGCUGUCUGUCAUCCAGGCGCAGAAAGUAGAAGAUGCUGAGCUGGCGUGGUUACUAUUGAAGGAAGACGUACAUACGGUGAAAACAGGCGUUGAUAAAAUUCAUUCGCAAAUUGAAGACAGCGAGCGCAACGAGAUAAUAAACUGGCUUACUCCUCUAGACUUCCAAACGGAACAGGAUAGGCUGCUUGACAACUGCGUGCCCUGGGGACAACAGAUGAUAGAGUCUGAAGUAUUCCAGCGCUGGGUCAACGGCGCACCAUGGCAACUACGUUUCUAUGGACCAGCGGGUGUGGGUAAGACCUAUCUCUGUGCUUCGAUAGUGGACCACCUUCGGCAGACAUUCUCAAAGACAAGCCCCAGGAUACCCGUCAUCUACAUCUACUUGAGUGACGAACAGAGGAAACGGGAAUCUCAAACACGGGAGAACGUCCUAGGAAGUCUAGUGAAGCAGUUGAUCCUAUUCAAUGACACCGUCCGUAUCCCGUCCGAGCUCAGAAAGGCAUCCAAGAACCAACUUCCCCGCGAAGCUGCACUUAGGCACGCGUUUGAAGAGCUACUUAGGCAGUACGAACGCACCUACCUGGUUGUUGACGGCUUCUACCAAUGCUCCUCCGAUGUUUUGCAAAUCCUCAAGGACUAUCCCCUGGAGCUUAUCAGGAAGGGCGCUCCACUAAGCCUUCUCACAACGUCCCCCGGCUACCGACAAGCAGCCUGCGUAAUUGAUUGUGACGGUGACGGGUGCAAGAAUCGAGACCUCAAAAUCUUCUUCAAUUGUCAUUGCAAUGGCAACGACUUUGAUCUGUGUCUGAAAUGCAAGGAUAAGGGAAAGGGUUGCCCAAGUAGCCAUCCCAUAAGAAAGGAGACCUAUGAUACAGUCCGCGUCGAAGUAUGUCCUACAGAGGAGGAAAUCGUCCAGUUCUGUGAUGUCAGUCUCGCACGGGCUUCCAGCGCUGGUCCUGGGCUAUGCGAUAAGCGCAUCCACCCUGAACCGCGCUUUAAUCCCUCACCUUUGGCGCGUUGUCUGUACGACAACCCGGGACUGAACAAAUCCCUUGCGAAAGGAAUCGCCCAAAAAGCACAGAGGAACUUCCGCAUUGCAGGAGCCUGGCUUAAGUACUUGUUAGAUGCGAGGAGGCCACCAAAAGACUGCGACGUCUUACUGGCCAGGAUGGAAAGCAACGCGUUCGAAGUACUCAAGGACUACUACGACAGGAAGAUUAAGUCUGUUAAGAACUACAACAUGGGACAGGCAUUAGCAUUCAAGGUCUUCCGCAUGCUCAUGGCAGCGUGUCGACCGAUAAAUAUCUUGACCUUGCAGCAUGCCUUGGCCCUCGAGCGCGAUUCGUGGUUGGAUGAGGACAAUUUAGAGCAUCGAGUAUCCAUACUGAGAGCUACAAACGGACUGAUAACGAUCGACAAAGCAGACGACGACAGCUCUAUGGUGCGAUUCGUUCAUUGGACUCUGCAGAAGAUCCUUGCUGAGAGCGACUGGGACCCAUCCCUGAAGCUGGCGGAGUCAAAUAUGGCCUCUCUUUGUCUAAACUAUCUCCAACAUGAGGAUUAUGCAAAGCACUCAGAAAAUCUCGCGGUCUACCCUUUCCUUUUUUACACUUUACAGCAUUGGGGAGAUCACAUUCGAAUGGCGUGCGACAAGUAUGAUCCUACGGUCGAGAACAAGGCUUUUGGGUUUUUGAGCGAUCUUGAUAACGUCAAGGCAGUAGCUCGAGAGGCUGGGAAAGUACUGCCACCAGACUGGAUCCACGAAGAUAUCAGCGCCGUCCAUCUUUGCGCCUGGUUCGGUUUAUCCAAAAUUGCGAAGAGGCUGUGUGAUGGCGGCCACAGUAUCACGGAACCGGAGAGAAAAUACGGACGGACCCCUCUGCAAUACGCAUGCAGACGGGGUAAUUCAGCCAUAGUUAAGGCGUUUUUGGCACAGAAUGCGCCGGCAAGCGACGCGCUAAUCAUGGACGCCGUUGUCGGAUUCCCUAACAUGGACCGUGAUGAAAAGGAGCGACUGGACAUCGCAAAGUUCCUGUUAAGCGGCCGUACCCUAGACUCAGGCAUCGACGCACUCGGUACAACAGUUCUCAUGUUUGCAGUAAAGCAUGACUAUUACGACUUCGUGGACUUGAUGCUGCAGGAUGAGUCAAUAGACGUGAAUAUUACGAAUAGGAACGGCCACACCGCGUUAUGGUUUGCUGUCCACUCCCAGCCGGCACCGCUCGUUCCCCUCAAAACAGAUCUACCGCAUGGUAUCUUCGGACUGCUGCUGCGCAACGGGGCAGACCCAAAUAUUCAGUGUCAAAAGAGCGGAAGGUCGAUUUGGGCUCAUGCAAUAUCAUCGCGGCGUUCGGCUGCUAUUGCCGCCUUACAACAAUCAAAGGGGGUAUUGCCGGGCAUUACAGACGCACAGGAGAAGAUUGCCUAUGCGGACCAAUCCCAGGUUCAACUGGCAACGGAAGGCAGAAGUCUCUCGUCCAGCCUGCGUGCAAACUUCAGUAUAGAUCUUAGUACUGGUGAUACCUCGGAGGGUACUUUGACUCGGCUGGAGACCGGCGCGAUGAAAGCUGUAUACAACCGCAAGCGCAAAUUAUCCGUUACGGAAGAGGAUGAGAUGAGGGGAAACAAGCAAAUCAAGGUAUAA